AUGCAAAAAUAUUUUUUUAUUCUAGUUAUUUUUGCCACGUGCAGUAAUGCUCUCACAUUUUAUCUCACAGAAGGAAAGUAAAGGUGCUUUUUAGAUGAAUAUACUGCAAAUACAGUUGUUAUUGGUGCCCAUUAAUUAUUGGAUAAAGUUUAACCUAAUGGAGGAGGAGUUGAAUUGAGUGUUCUUGAUCCAGAUAAUUAAGUGAUUUUAACAAAAAUGACUAAUAGUGAAGAAGGCAAAUUUACAUUUACAACAAAAAAAUAAGGAAGAUAUUAAGUUUGUUUGAAAAUGUCAAAUAGUAAAGGUUGGUUUGGAGAUAAAAAAUAACCAUUAUAUUUCUUAAGAAUAAAGUAAGGAGAAAAUCAAGAAUUUUAAUCAGCUGCUAAAGAGAGUUAAGUAUUUAUAAAAAAUAUUACUUUAAGAUUACAGGAUUAAAACAAAAAAUUAAAUAACUUUAAAAGCAAGAGGAUGAUUUUAUUAAACUACAAUAAAUGAAUAGAGAAAACGAGGAUAAAUUAAGUAUAGAAAAUAUUAAAAUUAAUGAUAAUGUAUUCAAUGCCACCUUAAUUCAAAUAUUUGUCAUAAUUGGAGCAGGAGUAUUCUAAAUUUACUCUUUAAGGAGAUUUUUUGCAUAAAAAAUAUAUUAUUGA